AUGUCCCUUACUACUACUACGAUUAUUAGGAUUAAAAUUUUUGUAGUUGUAAAAGUAGUCGUUGUUGUUGUUGUUGUACUGAUUCGAGUUAAUAUUAAUAUCCUAAUCAAAACUUUUGGUAAAGCAGCAGCAGUACUACUAUUUUGUCAAAGUAACUGUCUGUCUUUAAAACUUUUACUUUCGAUAUUACCUAUCUGCCUAUCUCUCUCUCUUUAUCUCUAUCUAUCUAUGUCUUUAAUGAGCGAUCAACAACAACAACCAAUAAGACCAUUGAUAGAAGAUAAUGAUGAAAGAUCAUUCUAUGAGAUAUUAGGUGUCAAUGAAAAGGCAUCAGAGGGUGACUUGAAAAGAGCCUAUUAUAGACUUGCAAAAGAAGUUCAUCCUGAUAAGAAUAAUAGUCAAGAAGCAAAAGAUCAAUUCCAAAAACUUGGUAGGAUUUAUAAUAUAUUAAAGGAUCCACAAACUAGAUCAUUCUAUGAUGAAAAUGGUGAUGUUGAACAAACUGAAAUGGGAUUAAGUGGAGAAGAUAUCUAUGAAUUAUGGUUGAAACAAUAUAAUAUAGUUAGAUUGACAGAAGAGAAAAUAUCACAAUAUUUCCAGAGUAUAGAGAAUGAAAAGAAAAAGUAUGGAUUGACUGUUAGUUCCGAGGAGGAACAAGAUCUUUUAGACUUUUAUCAUAAAAAGAAAGGUGAUAUGAAAUUGAUCAAAGAAUAUGUAUUUAAUUGUGAAACUAAAAAAGAUAUUAUUAGAAUGUGUGAUCAUUUAAACAAAAUGAUUAAAGAUGAAAAAUUACAAAGUUAUCCUUUGUUUUAUAAAACUGCUUCUUUAUCACCAGAUGACAAUAGUACUUCCACCACUUCCACUGCUUCCUCUACCAGUACCAAAAAGGUUACAACAAAAAAGAAAAAAAUCCAGCAACCAGUCGAACAAGAUGUUGAAGAUCAAGAGGAAGAAGAAGAAGAUUAUGAUGAUUUAGAUAUGAUUGAUGAUGAAGAGGAAGAAGAAGAGGAAGAGGAUAGUGGUGAUGAUGAAAAACCAAAGAAAAAGAAAAAGAGUAAGAGUACCAAAGUACCAAAAACAAAGAAACCAUUAAAGAAUAAUGGUAAAUCAACCUCCUCCAAAACCAAAAAACCAAUAACAACAACAAAGAAGAAAUCAAAUAAAUAA